CGUUAAUAAAAUUUAAUGAAUUAGCUAAUGCAUUUGGGGGAUGAUUCUUAUCCAAAAAUAAAAUAUGCUUAAAAAUCAAGCUUUUAUUUUAAGAUAUUUUUUCUAUAAUUUUCUUUAUUUUACUAUUAAAUAAGACUAAAGAUGCCUUUUAAGUUUUUUAAUAUAAUUCAUUAUGACUUAAUUAUUUUUAAGUAUUUCUUUUUUAAUAUCCUUACAUGCAUUGUUAUCGACAUUCAUCACUUGAUACAUAAUGUAAAUUUACUUCAGAUAUUUUUCUAUUUAAUAUUUUACUUUCUUCUUAUUAUUAAUUUUCUUAUUUUUCAAUAUCAUCAUUAUCUUCUGAAUUUAUGUUUAUUUUUAUUUCCUUUUAUAAUAUAUCUUCAUCAUUUUAAAUACAUUGAAUAAAAUCUACAAAAUUGCAAGUAAUAAUCUACUAUAAAUAAGUUUUUUAAUUAAAGUUAUUCUUUAAAUAAUCAAAGCUUUUUAUUGCAAAAUCAAAAUAAAAUUUCUUUCCUUUAUAAGGUUGGCAGUUUUCACAUAAUUCCUCAGAUUGUUAAACAAAUAAAUUAUAAAUAUUAAUAUAAUUAUCAUUAAAACUUCUUAAAUAUUUUUUACAUUUUUCUCUUAAUUUUCUAUAUAAUCUAUAUUCCAAAGUUUUUAAUUUGGCUAAAGAAACACAUUUUUAUUCUCCAUUAUCUAUAUUUUCCUUCACAAAAUAUAAUACACUACCUUCUCCAUCAUUAUCUAAUGAAGACUAGGCUACUUCUACGUAUAAAUUAUGUAUUAUUUCAUUAAAUUCAGAUAAGGUGUUUGAUGUAUAUUUUUUCAUAAUACAUGAUGUAAGACCAUAUUUAUUAAAAAAAUCAUAUGAGAAAUCUACAGGAAGACAUGUUUCUUCACUAUUAUUAUCUACAAUAGCGUAAAAAUGCAAAUCAAUAGAAGAAUAUUUUAUUAAAUGCUAAUACUCAUUAUUUCCACAAUAUUCACAAACUAUAGUUUUACCAUUUAGAAAAUGCUUCAUUUCAAUUAAUUUUUAAGGAUUUUGUUUUUCGAUUUUAUUUAUAAUAGUAAACCAUUAAUAAGCUAUUAAAGUAGAAAAAUUAUAUCUAAUAUCUUUUAAAUACAUAUCUAUUUCUUAUAUAUCUUUUAUUAAAAUGCAAACAUUUUUUGAAGAAAUUGCCCAACUAUCUAAUUCUUGGAAAUAACUUAUUUGUCCGUUUUCUCCGUUCGCCUUUUCAGUUUUAUAUACAUGAAACUUUACUGGAUUUUUGAUUUAGUUAAAUUCUUUGUAUACAGAAUCUAUAGUUAGUUUAUAAAGUCUAUAUUAUUCUGAAAAAUCAUUUGGAAUUUUAACAUACUAUUAUUCUUAGUUUUAGUCCUUAUUUAUGUACUAAAGAUAUAAAUCAAAAAACUUUUUAAAUCCUUUUCUUAAAAUUUAUACUUUAUUUGUUUUUGUAGAUAAUAUAAUUGUGUUUCCUCUUCUUAUAUUAUUGUGAAUAAACUAAUCUUCGGAAUAAAUAGUAUCUUCAUUUAAUUUUUUGGACUUUAUUUUUAUGUCAUAUAGUACAUAAUCAGGAUCAUUUAAUACUUAGUGCUUUAUUGCACUUAUUUUAUCUUUUUAAUUGAUAGCAAAAUCUAGAAGCUCCUAGGC